CAGGCAUCGUCCAUUCUGUCCGAUGGGGGUGUCGAGGUAAGACCUAGCUCCAUCGCAAGAAACUUCAACCCAAUCUUGGUUUCGUCUCAUAGACUCUUCAACCAUAUGGAAUGAUGUGUUAUAGUCGUUAUCAAUCAAACUUGUUUUUUCAUGCUCUCCAAUUAAAAACCUCUCAAUGCUAAGUUGCCAUUUACGAUAAGCAUAGAGGUGUAGGCCUCUCAGAGCUGUGACUUAGCUUGUGGAUCUUUCAUUACUUUUCAGUCAAGCAAGCUGAACUCCUGGUGCAGGGUUGGAGUCCAGCGGACGGAAAAGCACGGUCUACCAGACAGAACUAGCGAGUGACUUAGGAAGGAGAACAGCAAAGUUUGUUCGUUCUUCGCUGUAGGCAUUCGGUGUGGAAGGAAGACACCCUGUUUUUAGUAAUGCCAACUAUUGAAAUGGAAUGACAUCCACUUGGUGUGUUAUGUAGAGCUCGUGAUAUUAUAUACCGUGUUGUGCUAUCACUGUGGUGUAUUGUUUCCAGAGCGUUGCGUUGCCUGGUACUGACUUCAUUGAAACUAGGACUGUGAACUUAACAACAGGUUUUAUUUUCUGGAAUAUCCUUCUACCUGUGUUUAUUUUCCAGACAAGGAUGCUUUAAAGUGAACAUAAUCACCAAAUAAUUAAAGAACAAUUUUAGAAGGAGCUAAAGCAGGACAGUUUAGUCCCAUACUUGAGCUCUGGAAGUGACACAGCUCAUACCACCCCUAUGGCUGCACGUGGCUCUGUACUAGCUUACUCAGUUCAACCUGUACCCAAGGAGUAUUAUCACCAGCAACCAUUGCAACAGGUGCAGCAACAGCAUCAGCCACUGCAACAUCAGCUACCGCAUCAACAGCAGCAGCAACACCCUCCACCUCCUCCUCCAGAGGGCAAUCGGAAGAGCUUGCAUCACAGACAGCGUCGCCAGCGGCAACCGCAUCAUCAGCAGCAACAGCGUCAUCAGCAGGCCCGUUCGUCAUGUAGCAGUUCCUCACAGGAGGACGAUCAAUCUCAACAGGGCUACGGUGUAAGGAACGGAGGCUAUAGCUCCAACGAGACACUGCGGAUGAGUGAAGUCCCCGUCUCACCGACAAGUGAGGACGGGAAGGAAUUAUUUCCACAACCAGAGGUACGAGCUAAAGAAGAGAGUUUGUGCCACCCUGCUGUGAGAAUGGAACCUCCCAUCGCUGAACACAUAGCAGAAGAGAGGCCUUAUUAUGAUGGUAAAGAAAGACCAUCAGAUCUAAAAUGUCCAUCAGAUAACUUUGAUUCAACCCUUGGAAGUAUGGAAGGUUCCAUCAAUGCUAGCACGUCAACGAGGGGUGACGUGAACCAUGAUCAACUAUUACAAGAAGUUGAUCAUUAUUUACAUAAACAAAGUUUAGAUGCCCAUUCAACUGGUAGUCAGAGUACAAGGUCUAGUCUUACAAUGACAGAGAAUGAGAUGGACCAUGAUAUACCAUUACAUCAUCAUCCAGAUCAACAAGGUGCAAUAAGACUGGAUCAUAUGACCAGCAUGCCUGGCUACCCUCCCAUUGGCCUCUCAACCUACCCCCACCUACACAAUGGAGCAUUCCAGGGCACACCAGCCAAUCAGAUUCGAGGAGCCAGUCUUCCAACCAAUGGGGUGCCUUAUCCUCCCCAUGGUAUUGUUUAUCAUCAGCUACAACCAACCAAUGAGGAUGAAGAAGAAACAACCUUCAUGGGAUCAUUACCACAAUCAUAUAGUACUGGUACUGGCAUUUAUAGCUCAAUAAAAGAAAAUCAGUACAACUCAAUAGGAGAUCCAAACUCUCUUCGGCAUUCAAACACCGCCUCCCAGACGUUACCCGGAUCCAGUGGGAUGUACCUACAGCCAAGGACCGGUAACAUUAUCCACGCUGUACCCCUGAUGACUACAUGUGAUCUUCAGACGUUGCAUACCACCAGUACCCUAGCAACUAAUAGUGGUACACUAAAUGAACUCAACAAUGCUAGGCAUAGACAAGAAAGGUUAUUUGAAUACCCAUUGGGCAUGAGUUCAGGAGUCCCUCUGGCAGCAUACCCAGCAAUGAGCAAUGGUAAACGAACCAAUGAAACCUCAGAGAUGAAAUAUCCCACAAUGCAAGAGAAAUACGGCUGUAAGGAUCACAUGUCGUGGCGCUGCUUAGCUGUUAUUCUUGUUUUACUUACCAUAGCCCUUCUUGCUCUUGUUACAUAUUUUGCAGUGACCUUGAGUCGACCUUUACCCAGCAUGCCUAACACAGUCAAUAUUGAUGAUACCAGGCCAACAUCUCCUGGUAACGAGGAGAGAACGACAAGAAAACCAAAGAGGCCUCUUCCACCAUCAAAUGAAAUAGAAUUAACAACAACAAUGACAACGACGUCACCACCAAUCCAUAGUCCUGCCAUACCAUACACAUUCGGCACAGCAGCACAGAAAGAAAUACCACCGGGUCACUUCUGGACUCUAUUCAGCCCCGUUGAUUCCUCAACAUUCAUUCAAUUCAACUUGACACUCUCAAAACGGAACGGCUUUGUCGUGUAUGCCCAACGGGCCAGGGCGCCCUCACACAGCUUCUAUGAUUUCAUGCAGGUGCAUGUUGGGACAGGUAGACGAGGGAAGCGAAGUGCCGACACACUGGAUGAAGACUUGCCUGAACUGACUUAUCAUGAUGUACUGCGGCUUGGUGGGUUGAAGUAUGAUGAGAGCAAGGUCGGGUCAAGGGUCAAGAGGUCAAAUAGUCACCUGAUGCAUACAUGGUCAUUCAUGGAGGAGUUAAAUGCUGGUGAAUGGUACAUUGCUGUAUUUAACGAUGGACCCUACGCAGAGGAAGUCAACCUUGUGACUGGGAGAAAAAAUGGAUGGAGUUGUCCUGGGGAUUGCAGCGGUCAUGGAGAUUGCCUGAGAGGGCAGUGUAUAUGUCAGGAGCAGUAUACAGGAAACGAUUGCUCUCAAGGUGUAUGUCCAGUGUUAUGUUCAGGUCGUGGUCAGUACGUCCAUGGUUUCUGUGAGUGUGUGGGCGGGUGGAAGGGACCUGAAUGUAGCAUCCCCUGGGAUCAAUGCCUGGUAGCUGAUUGUAGUCAUCACGGUGUCUGUCUGGAAGGAGAGUGUGUCUGUAGCAGAGGAUUCACUGGAGAGGCUUGUGAACAGGAGGUACUAGUAGAUGACACCCUCCACUGCAGUAAUGACACAGACUGCUUCCCCAAUGCUCAAUGUAUCUCUGGAAUGUGCCAUUGUUUAGAGGGGUGGACAGGUUCAACGUGUGAAGAGGAGGAGUGCAUAUUACCCUGCUCGCCUCAUGGAGAGUGUGUAGACAAUUCAUGUAACUGUGAACAAGGCUGGAAUGGAAAGCUUUGUGGACUUGAGGGAUGUCCAUUUGGAUGUAGUGGUCAUGGUUCAUGUGAACUGAUCAAUGCUACCUGGAGCUGUGUAUGUGAGGAGCUCUAUCAUGGACCGGGAUGCAGUAUUGGAACGGAAACAGACUGCACGGAUGAGGUGGAUAAUGAUGGAGAUUCCUUGAUUGAUUGUGAGGAUCCAGAUUGCUGUCUCAGUGCAUCUAUCUGUAUCGGUGAUGCCCUCUGUGAAGCACCCCCUGACCCCGUAGAGGUCAUCCGUUCAUCCAAUCAGCUUUCAGCAUUGACUCCAUCCAUCCUCUUCUAUGAUAGAGUCAAGUUUCUCAUUGAACCAAACAGCAUCCAUCGUAGUCCUCCUCAGAUACUCUUCAGUAAUGAUAGUGUGGUGUCUGUCAUCAGAGGUAAAGUCUUGUCACACGAGGGCUCACCGGUGGUUGGGGUCAGAGUUCAAGUCGAUAAUCGACCUUUUAUGGGAUUCACCUACACCAGAGAGGAUGGAAUGUUUGAUAUGAUGGUAAUAGGAGGCGGCUCUAUCUCACUCUCCUUCGCCCGUCAUCCCUUCAUCACCGCUCACAUCCCAACCUACAUCCCUUACAAUGACAUCAUCCUGAUGGAUAACAUCCAUUUAGAACUCCUACCGGGUCGUCGUAGCGUGUCUUACUCCGUCCCUGAGACGGUCCAUUGUGAGGGUAGCGCUUAUAUCAAGCCUGAGUUCUCUAUCCUACCCCAAGCUGUGAUGGAUAACUGUGGAUCUCAGGGUAUACUGGGUGCUGUCCUGGACCAGAGGGCCAUGCACGAGCAGAUUGAAAUCCCAGGCACCAGAGCAACCCUUGACUAUUACAGCCAACGGUCAGUGGUCAACAGCCUUCCAUCUACCUUCAAUGCUAGACUGACCGGUCACUUCAUCCCUCGUAACCUCAAGCUUGUCCAUGCUGUGGUCACUCUGGCUGGUCGAAGGUUCCAUACGGUCUUAGAGCCGGAACCGUUCCUCAACUAUACUUUCAGUUGGGAUAAACUCAAUGCUUAUGGUCAGCUGGUCUAUGGAGAUCAAGAAGCACUCGUUGGGAUUGGUUAUGAAUACCAUACUUGUACAGAGAUCAUUUGGUCUCAUCAAUCUACCAGACUACCUGGAUACGACUGGAGCACUACGUCUCUUGCUGGGUGGAAUCUUCCCAUGCAUCAUACAUAUAAUCCACAAAAAGCCAUCCUCCAACUUGGAGACGGUUGUCAGGUGAAGUACUCCCAGCAUCCUCCAAUCAUCCAGACCAUCGUUGGUAAUGGGCGCCCUCGUAAUGCUGACUGUAACCAGUGUGAGGGUAGGGCUAAGGGUGCUCGUAUACUUGCCCCAAUGGCUGUGGCUAGUAGCCCAGAUGGCAGCUACUAUGUGGGCGAUGGUGACUUCAUUAGGAGGGUCGGACCAGAAGGGAAUAUCACAAAUGUCUUGCAUCUUGGAUAUAUGCCAACCUACAAGUACUACAUUGCCAUAAGUCCCCUAGAUGGUAAGGUGUAUAUCUCAGACUCUCAGAUGAGACAAGUCCUGAGGCUCAGAGACAACAAAGAUGUUGCUGAUAUCAACAACAAUGUUGUGGUGGUUGCAGGGACGGGUCAAGCGUGUCCACCCAUCGAUGGUAGCGAGUGUGGCAACAAUGGUGAUGCAACACAAGCAAGGUUGAUUGCUCCCAAAGGCAUAGCAGUUGGUAAAGAUGGCACGGUGUACUUUGUUGAUGGCACCGUUAUCCGUAAGAUCACCACUGACGGUACCAUCCACGCCUUCCUUGGUACACCCGGUAUCCAGGGUCCCCUUAGACUACCACAGUGUAGAGGUACCAUGUCAUUCAAUCAGGUUAAACUUCAGUUCCCAACUGAGCUGGCCGUCAACCCUCUAGAUGAUUCCGUCUAUGUUGCUGAUGAUGACAUCAUCAUCCGCCUAGGUCAGGACAAGAGAGCGUCUGUCCUUGCAGGAGUUCCUUACAACUGUCCCUUGGCAUACUCCAUAGAUCUUGGUGAGUCAGACGGCAGCGCUCCAGAUGAUAACAUCAGCACCUAUGAAUACCUGAGACCCAGACCUGCCAAUGAGGUAGCUCUCAUCAUGCCAAGCUCUAUGGCUUUCUCCAGGAAGGGUGAUCUCUACGUUGCGGAAGCCAACCAUCGGGCAAUCAACCGCAUCAGUAAGAUAUCAAGCGAUGGUUUCAUCUCAAGGUAUGCGGGACAGGAGACCACCUGUGAUUGUUUGUUGGAGGAUUGUGAUUGCUUUGGUGGUGAUAAGUUCUAUGCAAUGGAUGCCAGGUUACACGGUCCCAUCGCCCUCACAGUCAUGCCCAAUGAUGACCUCAUCGUUGCUGAUCAAGGCAAUUUGCGUUUGCGGAAGAUCGCACCGAGGACUCCAAAGCAUCGUGUUGGUCGCUACCACGCCUAUCAGAUUGUUUCACCGGAUCGUGAAGAGAUCUAUUUCUUUGACAUGUAUGGAAUUCACACACACACCAAGAGCUUGAUAUCGGAUCAGGUGGUGUAUAAUAUCAGCCAUUCAGGCAACAUUCUAGACUCUGUGGCUGAUUCUGCAGGCGUAGUCAUCGGGGUUCAUCGAAGGCUGGAUGGCCAACCUUCGAACAUCGUCAUCUCUGGGAUAGGAUCUCUCCUGCAGAUAUCUGUUGAUUCUCUGGGAAGAUUGAGCACUGCCCAAGAUACCCUAAGGAAUGUCAUACAUCAGUUUGGUUACCAUGGAGAAACAGAUCUGUUGACAUUGAGAUGGGAGGGGCAAAGUUUGAAGAGGAUGUAUGAGUAUGAAGAGAAUGGUCAACUGUCUUCGGUCAGACAUCUCAAUGGUCAGAUGGUUACUUUACAAUCAGCGGUCAAUUCAUCUGUAUCAUCGGUCAUUAUAAACCAACCUUGGCAGACCAGCUUAGCCUCUGAUAUCACUCACCUCAAUGGGUUCAUCUCUAGUAAUUUCUCCCAAGCCGACCUCGUUGAUUCAGUGAUAAUCGAUCAUGACAAAUCUACAUCGAUCACAUUCCCUAAUGGACUGGUCGUCGGAACAGAGUCACAACCUCAUCCCCUGCUGGAGAGUGACGUAGAGGGCUCCCUAUCUAAACGCAAGAUCAAGCUCCCUGAAACGAGCCCCCAUCGGUUGGAUUGGAACUUCUAUGUGAGGAAAGGAGGCCGUAAUAGGGACAGGGUACUAGUUGUUGGACGUAAACUCAGGAUCAAUGGUGAGAAUAUUCUAUCGAUGGAGUACAACCGUGUUCUACGCAAGGAUACCGUCUUGGACCCUGAUAACACACAGCUCCUUGAGAUAUCAUAUAACAGCGCUAAGCUACCGAUGGAAUGGAAACCAGCGUAUGGAUUCAUUCUCACCAAUGCUUCUUAUGAUUCUCAGGGGAGAUUAACAAGAUGGCAACGUGAUCUUAUCUCAGAGUCAUAUGGUUAUGAUAAUCUUGGUCGUCUCAAGAGGAUUCAUUCUGGGACUAAUGGUACAUGGCGUUUCUCAUACAAUACAGGCAUGUUGCCCUCUGAGAUAACGCUACCAAACAGAGAGCAUUAUGAAGUAACAUACGAUGGAUCUGGUAACAUAGCAAUGGUUACCAUGCCAACAGGAAGGCAUCACUACAUCAAUUCAGUUCCAUCGGUUGGUUAUCAUAGAAUCAUUUACUCUGAUGGAACUAGACCUUGGUUGAUACUGGACCAGACUGAGGAAGGCUUGCCUCUCCGUCGCUAUAGUCCAGGGACCAGCAGGAGAAUGGCAUACGUCUACGACAACAAGGGUCGAAUAUCGGAAAUCUACUACGACCAGACUAGUGUCAAGUAUAAGUACAAUAGAGAGGAGUCACAGGUCAAGCUGUUGGAGCUACAGGUUGGUGACUUCCAGAAUGCAGAAAGGCUUCGUUACGAUGGCCCCAUGGUCAAACAGAAGAUAAUCCGUACCAGUGGCUUUGGGGGUUUCAUGAACGGAAGGUUUGAGUACAUCUAUGAUCGUAACAUGCGCCUCUUGAAUGUAUUCGCAGAGUUCAACACAACGGUUCUUCCAGAGCACAACCGAGCUUACGAUCCCGUCUACGGUCGCCUGACGCAGCUUGGGGCAUUCACACUCUCCUAUCCAGACAACACUGUUCAGAACUAUACAGAUCAGAAUUUUGAGAUGAGUAAGAAGUUUGGAGCUUAUAUUCUUCUUCAGGAAGUUCAUUACAAGGUGAAAGGUCAGACUGUGAGAAGACUUGAGCUGUUGUUUGACACUUCCAGUCGUAUCAUCUGGAACAGGCUUCACAUUGAUGAUACGUCACAUACUACCGAUUACGUUUAUGACCCUAACGGACAGCUCAUUGAGGUGAAGACCGAUUCUCAGAUCGCUUGGCAGUAUACCUAUGACAGCAAUGGCAACCUUGCCUCAUUUACCCACAGACAGAAUACAACACAUCUCUACUAUGAUGACUUUGACCGUAUCACACGCAUUGGUCAGAUAGAGUAUCUCCAUGAUCAAGAUGGCUUCCUCCUGCAGCGUGGUGGCGAACGCUUUACCUAUGACUCAAGAGGUCAACUUGUCCAUGCCUUCCAGCUGAAUGUAUACGAGGUCCGGUACAAAUACGAUGGAGUGGGAAGGAGAAUCUGGCGAAAGGAUCACACUGGACGACAGAUCCAGUUCUUCUACGCAGACAUUGAACAUCCCCACCGGAUCACGCAUGUCUUUGACCAAAGUCGGCAGGAGAUUCUGUCAUAUGAGUAUGACCUACAAGGCAACCUGUUUGCAGUGAUGCAGAAUCAGCGACAGCUCUAUGUUUUCGUUGAUCAGGUCGGAUCACCCAUCGCCGUCUACGAUGAGAACAGGACCCCUCGUAAGAUCGUGGAGUACGAUCCUCGAGGAAACGUCCUCCAUGAUUCUUCACCUGCUUUCAUGCUCCAUGUUGGUUUCCGUGGUGGUCUUUACGAUGCUCAUACCAAGCUUGUUCAGUUCAAUGGGCGUGACUAUGACUCACUGAGUGGACAGUGGACGUCUGCUGAUGAAACCUUCUAUGAGAACAUUGCCAGACCUCAGAAGACCAUGCUCUUCAACCUGUACACCUUCCAUGGAAACAAUCCUGUCAACCCAAAGCUUCAUCCUAAUUAUCUCAUGAGUCUUGAGGAUUGGCUUCCUGUGUUAGGAUAUGACAUGACUAGUCUUGUUCCAGAGGUUGAUCGUUAUGGUUACCCUCUUCCCUCUGCUAGUCUAGGAUCAUACCAAGAUCUCAAACCGUCAGCCACUAAGGAUUUCGUCAACUGGGCUAAGGUGAGAUGGGGAUAUGAGCAACAGGUAAUGACUGCCAGUUACUCUCCAAACUCAAACUUCCAUGCCAUCUCUAAUAGACACACCAUAUCAGGGAUUUCCCCUAAUAGUGAGGAAGGGAUGUCCCCUAUCAGUGAGUCAUCAGUCAAAUAUGCCACUCUACCAACCCUGAUAGAUAAAGGUGUAAUCCUGGCCAUCUCUGGAGAGAGGGUCAUCUGUAAGAAGGCUCUUGAUGCGGAAAGCGAUGCUCUGAACAUUGCUAGUGUGGUCAAUAAUUCUUUGAUUCUGGAUAGAUGGCAUUACUCCGACGGACAACGAGAGAUCAGAUACUUUGUCAAGUCUGAUCUUACGAGGUAUGUCAGUGAUUUGAGGAACCUUGGUUACAACGCUAAUAUAACAGACACUUCAGACGUUGUAGACCUUCACGUAGGUACCGUGCACAUGUCUGCGCAGAUGUAUGAUGCGCCAUACGAGUUUGUGGUGAUAUCUUUGUCGAACAAUUACACCACGUGGAAGAUCUUUUAUGGAAUCACGAUGCGUCAAGCAGCCGAGGUGGUGUUAGAGUCGGCGCGAGAGGUAGCCAUGCACCAGGCCUGGCUCAACGAAAGGAGAAUCUUGGCUAGCGGUCGGAGAGGAACUUAUUUCUGGACAAAUGUAGAGAGGAUAUCACUUCUACAGAACAAUAUGGUUCCAGGUUAUGAAGGCCUUUACACCUUAGAUCCAAUGGUCUAUCCAGAGAUCGCAUUUGAUGGAAAUAAUAUCAAAAUUAUUCGAUCGACUUCGGAAACAGCAAGGUGAUCUUCGGCAGAGACUGAUCUUCUUUAUGAAGUUCUACUUUUGCCAUCUGUACUUUUUUCUACCACGAUUCACUGGAUUAUUCCUCUUUGCCUUGUGUGUGUUUAUUAUUUUGUUUUAUUAAGAAGUAAUUGGCUACGGCUAUACUUCUGUAUGCAACUGGCGGCUCUUCGUUAUUAUUUAUUUUUGUUCAGCCUGAAUUUGUAUUCAUUGGAAGCAAACCACAGCCCUUUAGUGAGGGGUGUACUAUUUUCUCAGAGUU